UCUCCCCGUGAGUAGCCAUCAGUGUCCUACCAAAAUCCAGGUAUUCCUGUGAAGUCUCCCUAAGCCCCAAUACCAAUGGCACCGAAACUGGAAAGAGCCCAGGGCAAGUUUCACAAGGCCCAGAAACAUCCAGUAGCUCUGGACAGGUCUCCCCAGAGGUGAGCACAAAAACCCUAGAAAGUCAAAGAAGUCCAGGUUGGGAGACCAAAGACACAGCCACCGGCCCCUGAGAGACACUGAAAAGCCUGGUGUACAUCCACCCAGGCCUGGCUGCCGCAACUGGAAAUAACUUCACACAGAGCCUUGAGGAAUUCCACCCAGUGUGGUCCCUGCAGUCAGUCAGGCCACACUCAUUCACCAAGCCCUUCCCGUUCAUUUUCCUAGGCAGCCAACCCAUCUGUGGUCCCUUCUUCCCAGGCACCUCUACCACUCAUACCACUACCAGAUCAGCUCUGAUUUGGGGAAGAUAUAUCAUGACAAUGUCUUUUGAGAAUUCCAACUCCUUUGAGCGCCUUUGUGAUGAAGAUCAAGCUGUGUGGUGUUUUGACUAUAAACAGCUUUUCACCACAGAUUGGGUAGAUGAGGAAAGAGAACCAUAUCCUGUGUCACCUCAGUUGGAGUUAGAAGCAUUUAGGCUUUCUGAGCUAAAGAAGAAUUCUGAGCUCUUAAUUCAUGCAUCACCUUACAUAUCAGAACAUCCUAUAAUAACUUGCCCAGGAGAAGAUAAAUCCAUCCACCAGAGAGUAGGAGGCCUCUGGAGAAGGCUGUAUUAUACGAAUGGCUAUGCUUUUCAAGCCAAAUGCUUCAUCAGGGGAGCUCGCUGCGCUGUCUGCACAGACCGUAUAGGGAGAUCAGGAUGCCAGGUACAUAAGUGUAUCAACUGUAAACUCUGGGUUCAUAAGAAGUGCCACAAACUUAUCACAACUGAAUGUGGGCAGCAUUCUUUUCCAUCGGAGCCCAUGAUGCAAGUGGGUCAACCAUCCAUGGCUUCAAACCCUGCACAGGCAAUGAUACCACAUAAUCUUUCAACUCAUAAGGUUGAUGAAGAGAAUGAGGCAGUGAACAGGGCAAGGGGCAAAACUUCGUCUAGCUUAGGCAUUCAGGAUUUUGUUUUGCUCUGUGUGAUAGGGAGAGGAAGUUAUGGAAAAGUACUGUUGGCUCAAUUAAAAAAAUCAGAUCGUAUUUAUGCAACGAAAGUAGUGAGAAAAGAGGUUGUCAACACUGAUGGUACACAGACAGAAAAGCAUGUUUUGGAGCAGGUAUCUCUUGUUGGAAUGCAUUCUUGCUUUCAGACAGAAAGCAGGCUGUUCUUUGUUCUAGAUGAUGUAAAUGGGGGAGAUCUAAUAUUUCAUAUGCAGCAACAAAGAAUACUUCCUGAAGAACAUACCUGGUUUUACUCUGCAGAAAUCAGUCUAGCAUUCAACUAUCUUCAUGAGCAAGGGGUACUUUAUAGAAAUGUGAAAUUGGACAACUUAUCACUGGACUCAGAGAGGUACAUUAAACUCACUGAUUUUUGAGUGUGUGAGGAAGGCUUACAGCCAGAAGAUACAACCAGCACUUUCUGUGGCACUCCUAAUUACCUGGCUCCAGAAAUUAUAAGAGGAGAAGAUUAUGGUUUUGGUGUGGACUGGUGGACUCUUGGGGUACUGAUGUAUGAGAUGAUGGUCAGAGAGUCUCCAUUUCAUUUUGUUGAGAGCUCUGAUAAUCCUGACCAAAACUCAAACAAUAAUCUCUUGCAAGUUAUUUUGGAAAAAAAAAAUCACAUACCUCAUUGUCUAUCAGUAAAAGCUGCAAGUGUCCUGAAGAGUUUUCUGAACAAGGACUCAAAGGAACGAUUGGGUUGUCAUCGCCAAAUGGGAUUUGCUGAUGUUUGGAAGCAUCCAUUCUUUCAAAAUGUUGACUGGUACACGAUGGAGCCAAAGCAGGUGGUGCCUCCCUUUAAAACCAAAUAUUUCUGUGGAUUCGGUUUGGACAACUUUGAUCCUCAGUUUACUAAUGAACUUGUCUGGCUCACCCUAGAUGAUAAUGACACUGUGAGGAAGAUUGAUGGAUAUGAAUUUGCAGGUUUUGAAUAUAUCAAUCGUCUUUCAAUGCAUGAAGAAUGGGUCUGA